AUGGAUGAGCUCCUCACUUCUCAGUCCGUCUUCACAGCCAAUGCAAAUGCGAACGAAGGGAUAGAAUCCCUAGGAGUACGAGACCUAUCCACAGCACAGAAAGAACAAGUGCACAAAGAUUCUGAAAAUCUCGACUCCACCACCACGUUGUUGAAGAAAAUGAGCCCAGAUUCCGGUGUGAGCAUUGUGUGCUCCACGCCGACUUGUGGACAGGCCCAACAGUCAUCUACAAUGCGAGAGAACAGUGUUACAGACACACUGACGCAUCCUGACACGCCGCGUGGUGGUGAGACGGACACAUCGAGAAAGACAGGCUAUCGAUCGGUAGGCGGUGGAUGGGAUCAGCCAAUGGCCCAUGGACAGGCGCAUGAGGUGGGGCAAAUGGGGGACUUAUGUAGAGGAUGCAGUGGAGACGAGGACUCAAGCUCUACUCAUCGAUCCAAGGUCGUGUCGCCUCCACCCCCUCCUCUUUCUCCACCUCCUCCACCUUCACCUACUCCUCCCCCUCCCCCUCCUCCUCCACCGCCCUCUUCCCCACCCUCCUAUACCACCCACUACCCUGCUGGGGAGGGGUGUAAUGUUCUCUUGUUGCCAAACUCACUAGUUCACCACUCCCCGCGUCUUCCACAACAGUUGCGACAGCAGCAAACAGUGACAGUUACAUUAUCCGGAGAGGAGGAACCGUUAAGUCUCUUCACUGAAACUGUCCGUUCUCAGUCUGUGGACCAUUUUCCUCUUCUACUUUUGGAGAGUCCUGCAUCUCCUGACGCUCAGAAUACUCAAUCACGAGCUAUUGGAAGCUGCCUGUGGGGCGCUCUUUGUAGAAGUAAAUCUAGACAAUUUGACCGAGCUAUCCGAACCCUUACUGCUAGCGGUGGGGGAUCGACAUCAUUUCUUGAGUCAACGGAUGCCCUUUCAUUGCUCAAGUCUGAGGCUGAACCGACUGAAGUACAACGCAGAGUAGUGGCAAAAACUCGUCGUCUUCAUCUGACGCAAAUCUGUGACACCACAAUCGAAGAACGGGAGGAGGAAUGCCCUCUUCUCUUACCUUCUGAAGAACAACAGCAUAUUGAAUUCACAACAUCUCAACAUUUGUUUUCCAGCUUGACCUAUGAGAAUCCCGUACUCGUCAGCAUGACUUCGGCAUUACGAGGGAAGCGAAGUCAAUCGUAUGUUGCACGAAGUGAACUCGACACUUCCUAUGCAAGGCAGCAACAACUUGCACACUUACGUCUACCAGAUGUGCCACCUCAUGGAAUUUCUGCCAACCACAGGAAGCACAGGAGUUUUACCCUCUCUUCAAUGCCUCGGACUGUGACCACCUCGCAAAGGUAUAGUGAGAAGGAUACGUGUUUUCCGUCGAUGUGGAGUCCCCCUCCGGAUAAAUCCAUUUCUGCUAGUUUGUCGCCCAAGCAUGCAAGAAUUAAGCCCAAUCAGUAUAGUUCUCGUCCUCUGGUUAACAAAGACAAAUUCACGUUGUCGUCGUCAGGUUUUGCAUUGCAUCGGAGUGCUCCGAACGGUAGCUACCAACGCGUUAACCGAUAUUCUGGAAGUAUGCUAGACGAGUAUGGAAGUGGUGACUCUGGAGGGUCGAACAGCAGCUAUCGAAAACGGUUUAUGGAUCAAAGGAAGUCGAUUAAAACGUCCAACUCAGCCAGAAUGUCUGGAGACAUGUCGAUAGCGCGACUGGGUUAUGACUCCACUCAGGCAAACAAAUCUUCUACGUUGCCGUAUAAGCGUCGGGGAAGUUGGCACGUUGAUCGGGAGUCAAAUUUUUCCACUUUGGAUUGGAACACUUCACGGAAUCUCUGGAGCAAAUCUCGAUGGCGUAGCUUCAGUCCGGAACGUCUGGCUCUCGAUUCUCAGCACGAUACUGGUCAUCCUCCACUUUCCUCAGAGACGAGAAGCCUUCGAUCGCAAAGUCUUCACAGUAAACACCUCCUAGAGUUGACAAAAUCAACGGAACAGCUUUCGACAGGAUUCUUAGACAACUACAAGGGUAUAGAGACCUCCUUCAACGCAUUACGAGCCAAGCUUGAUGCUGCCUCGACGGAUCGUUUGUAUGGCUAUGACUCAACAGCAGAGCAACUCCGACGACAAUGUAAACGUGAACAUCGCCGUCUUUUGAAGAGUUUAAUGUCGGAUAGUUGGGAGAAGGGAAUUGAUAGACAACCGAAUCCUCCACAAUCGUAUUACAAUCAGGCACCAGGAGUGAUUCUCCCUGUUCAAGAAGCUACUCUCCUCACUGCACCGCGUACAACUAACCCCCUAACUAAUCCCAAUUUGGAGAAGCUCUUGAGAAACCCGGUACUGAUGCAAUUACUUGCAAAUCACGCAUCACAGACCCAUCAAACACCAGAUCAAAACAGUUUGGCAGAUCAGGUAACACUAGCAGCGGUAGCAGGCGCAGCUGCCGCUACUGCAAUGGCGAAUUUUGCAACUCCGAGCGCUGAACAACCCUCCUACUCCAACCUUCCAGUCCAAACGACCUCCGUUGGAGACGAAUACGAUUGGAAUGAUCCAGAGACACUGAUGGCAGCCUACACAGCUUUAGCUGAGGCCAGCGGUGGAGAGAAAGCCUUCUUAGAGCAGCUAUCCCCAGAAUUAGCUGCCACUCUCGUUCACUACCGAGAACAAUUGUCGGAGAAGCUGUCAGCUGGUGAUAGUGGAAGCGGAGGGAAGAUGGUUUCUACCACUUCAGCGAUAGCUCCAACUACAACAACAACAACAACAGCUACAACAUCGGCGCCAUCAGCGGUGGUGAUAUCCCCGAGCGGUGGAGGUGGGUACAAUGAUGGUGGUGGAAAUCAAUCAGCUGUUGUUUUGGAAGACGUCUCGCGGCAAUCUGCAAUGGAAAAGGAGACAAUGGGUGCGCACUUUGCUUCUUCAUGUUUAAAGUUUGGUUAA